AUGAAGUUCCUUGUUGUAUUCUGCCUUCUCUUGGCCUACGGCCAGGCCCGUGUCCUUGACUCCACCUCAACUCUGGCUUUGGCCAAGACCUUGGCCAAUCAAAUCGAGGAUCACGAACGUGCUGAUCUUGAUGCCUUCUUGGAAUUCAUUACAAAGUAAGUCAAAAGUUCGUAUUUCAAGAGCACAAUCUUGUAGAUACGAGCGCAAAUACCAAGACUUGGCUGAGGUUACCGCGAGAUUCCGAAAUGUUCAAGCCAGUCUGAAGAGAGCCGCUCAGCAACAAGCUGAAAAUCCGCAUGCUAAAUUCGGAUUGACCCAGUUCAGCGACUUGUCCAUUGAAGAAUUCAAGAGAUACAAUGGAUACAAGCGCACAAGUGCCCGCAGGAACGGUCUGUUUUCUGGCAAUUUAUGCUUUUUCCCUAGGAUGAUCAGACACAUUACUUAAUCACAAUCUAAUUUUAGAUCCCCUCCCAAGCUUCCAAUCCGGCAGCACUCCCGACGCUUUUGAUUGGCGCGAGAAUAAAGGUGUCAGCCCCGUUAAAAAUCAAGAUUUCUGUGGCAGUUGCUACGCCUUUGGUGCCGUCGCCGCCAUUGAAAGUCAAUACCUUGUAAAGAAGGGCCAGGAGCUUGACCUGAGCGAAGAAGACGUUCUCCAAUGCACUUAUAAUGUCCCUGAAUACGACAACAAUAACGGCUGUGAGGGUGGAGAGCCGGAGGCAGUCCUGCGGUAUGUCCGCGACCAUGGAGUCGCUGCCGAAAAGACUGACCCCUACAACCCCGACGCCGACUUCCCCAACUGCAAGAAGGAUGAGCCUGUCGUGGCCAAUCUUAGCCAGGCCAUUCAGGCCAACAAUGUGGACGAAGCAGUCCUGUUGAGAGACAUUGUCUACCACGUUGGCCCCGUUGCUGUUGGUAUGUUCUUUUUUGUCUUGGCUAUCCAAAUUAAUGAUCUUUUAAGCCGUUGACGCUACCACCAUACAGGAAUACAACGGUGGAAUCGUAUCAACUACACAAGACGAAUGGAAGCUUAAUCACGCUGUCCUUCUGGUUGGAUACGGCGAGGAGGAUGGUACCAAGUACUGGGUCCUCAAGAACUCUUGGGACACGACCUGGGGAGAAAACGGAUUCUUCCGCAUUGAGAGAGAGAAGAAUGUCUUGGGUAUCGGCGAGGAGAUCGACAUCGCCAUCCUUUGA